AUGCGUUCAGAAUCUAGUUCACAUUUACUUAAACUUCUGCAAGAAAAAGCAACAGAGAACAAAUUGCUCGACCUGAUUGAAAAUUAUGACGACGAAAUGAUGUAUCACAAGGAAGAAGUAUUGAGGAUGAUCAAGAUCGCGGCCUGGUGUUUGCAGGACGACCACACGAGAAGGCCUACGAUGUCGAUUGGAGCGAAAGUAUUAGAAGGUGUAUUGGAAGUUGAAGAACAGAAUAUCAGUUACUAUUUCACUCAUGCAUUAUCACAUCCAGUAUCAGUUCCUCCUGCUAUGGUUUCUGAGCCACCACAGGCUUCUGUUCUUUCUAAUCCUAGAUGA